CCAAGUUGACGAACUAAAACUGGUGAACUUCCUUCUAAGUCAGCGAAGACUGGGCGAGGAGCACCACAGAUACCAUAUGGAGGCUAAUCACCCUGAACAGCUCUCAGCAGAACAGUCAACCCCACCAGGGGACAGUUCAUCACUCAAUCAAAGUGGCCUGGGAAAGCAAGAUGGCCAUCAGUCCUCAACCUCAGUCCCAGCAGCAGAACAAGAGACAAGUGUGCGUCCUGAGAAGGGAGCCCAUGAUAUCUCUGAAGAAUUGAGCCGACAGCUGGAAGACAUCAUAAGCAUGUACGGGUCUGCUGCCAGUCCCACCGGGAAAGAGGGCACCUCUGAAGCGAAGGAGCAUCCCGAAAACACAGCAGACAAUGAGGAUGCUGACUGUGAAGAAACCACCGAAGAGCCAGACAGAGAACCCACUGCUUCUGAAGAGCCAGUCACAGCCAAAGAGCCUGUCAGCAAUAAAGAGCAAAAGCUGGAAAAGAAAAUCCUAAAAGGAUUAGGGAAAGAAGCUAACUUGCUAAUGCAAAAUCUGAACAAGCUGAAAACACCUGAAGAAAAGCUUGACUUUUUACUCAAGAAGUAUGCUGAAUUGCUGGAUGAACAUCGCACUGAGCAAAAGCAACUAAAGCUUCUCCUGAAACAGCAGGCGCAAACCCAGAGAGAGAAAGACCAGCUGCAGAGCGAGCACAACAGAGCCAUCCUUGCCCGCAGCAAACUCGAGAGUCUGUGUCGGGAGCUGCAGAGGCACAACAAGACACUGAAGGAGGAAACUCUCCAGCGGGCACGCGAGGAAGAGGAGAAGAGGAAAGAGAUCACAAGUCAUUUUCAGACCACCCUAACAGAUAUCCAGACUCAGAUCGAGCAGCAGAGUGAACGAAAUAUGAAGCUCUGCCAGGAGAAUACGGAACUUGCAGAAAAACUGAAGAGCAUCAUCGACCAGUACGAGCUCAGAGAGGAGCAUCUGGACAAAAUAUUUAAACACAGAGAACUGCAGCAGAAGCUGGUGGAUGCGAAACUUGAACAAGCUCAAGAAAUGAUGCAGGAAGCAGAGGAGCGGCACAGACGGGAAAAGGAAUAUGUACUUAUCCUUUUAGGCAGUUUGCUAAACCAGGCAGCAGAGUGGAAACUUCAGGCCAAAGUACUGAAGGAACAGGAGACAGUGCUGCAAGCCCAGCUCACUCUCUACUCAGGAAGGUUUGAGGAGUUCCAGAAUACACUGACAAAAAGUAAUGAAGUGUUUGCCACUUUCAAGCAGGAAAUGGAUAAAAUGACUAAGAAAACGAAGAAGCUGGAGAGGGACACAGCCACGUGGAAAGCUCGAUUUGAGAACUGUAACAAAGCUUUGCUGGACAUGAUUGAAGAGAAAGCCCUGAGAGCUAAAGAAUACGAGUGUUUUGUGAUGAAAAUCCAAAGGCUGGAGAACCUGUGUCGCGCUUUACAAGAAGAGAGAAAGGAACUCUACAAAAAAAUCAGAGAAGCAAAAAUGCCUGAAAAGGAAGACCAGGGUCAGCCUACCUCUGAUGAAGAGCCAGAGUCAAAUGUCUCUGAAGACAAAGAGAUGGAUGCCGAGGAAGCCAAUAGUGUUCAAAACGCCGUGAAAAACCUGGCCACAGCUUUCACCAUCCGUCAUCAUCCAGAGUCCACGCUGGACCAACCAGAUGAAAGACAAGCUGCAGUGAACUAUCCUCAGGGCGGAAGUGACAUCGCCCCCCAGCAGUCCGAACUAGCCCAUCUGACCCCUUCCACUGCCUCAGAGAGUUCUCAGCCUCCUGAGGGUUCUCAGGGCAGGGCCGAAGGGGUCUGUGAGGCUGCCCCUGCCCCUACAGACAGCUGCACACCUGCAGAGGCAGAGCUCCAAAGCCAGGGUCUCCCUGCCGGGAACCUCCUGGACCUAAAGCUCCAGCAGCCAGAGGCAAAAGCGCUUGAUCAGGCCUUACUGUGCCCAGCCCAGAGCUCCCCAACCGUAGUGGAGGCAAAACAUGCUAUUCCACCAUCACCAGAGAGUGAGGGAGAUCCUGCUGUAGUGCCUGGCUGUCAGUCUAGGGAGCAGCCUGCACCAGCAGUCACAGACAUCACCCUAGGUCCUUCCACCGGACUCCCCACAGAGGCUGAGGUCCUUCUGGGUGGAGUAGACUAAGCCUCAUCGAGGCUUC